AUGGGCACCAGAGGGACGGGCAGGGAUGGGCCACCGUCGCCACCGUUGCUGGCUCCCUUUCGCGCUCCGGACGAAGUGCUGACCGCGAAUAGGGGCGUGUGGAGCUUGGAGAGGUUAGGUAAUUUCCACUGCCUGGCCAAAGGGGGCCGGCUCCGUCGUGGCCGCCGACCAAGGGUGUCGACUCGGGCGGUCGGCCCAAAUGAGUGGUGGUAG